AUGACAAACAAGAGUGAGAAGAGAAAAUCUGUUAAAUACAUAUAUCUUUGGGAAGAAGCUAUUAAGCAACUCAACAAAAAACUUCAAGCGAAGAUUGAAUUUCGCAAAAAAGAAUUGGUAGACCUCGAAAGCGUAGUAGCCAGCGCCGAAGAAAAAAAGGAAGAGUUCGCUAGUAAGAGAUCCGAGAAAUUGCAUCAGGUUUUUGGCCGGGUGGUGCAACGACUUUCGAAGUUCAAGGACAUCGGUGAUUCCGUGGCUGCAAUCGAACCCACCCACCUGGCAAUCCCCUGGGCAGCAAUUAAGCUAGUUCUUCAGAUUUCAGUGAAGGAUUUUGAAAAUAAUGAGACUGUGUGUGAAGGAAUUGAGAUUUUCUCCGGCUUGGCUCCACGAUAUGCCUUAUUUGAGCGUUUGUACUUGAAUCACACGUUCCCUCUUCAAGAUAUCUUGGAAAAGGCAUUGGUCAAGCUAUAUGCUACAGCGCUGAAGUACCUCCUCAAUGCGGAAGAGUACCAUACCACGAAGGCCUUUAAGCGAAUUUCCAAGGGCUUAUCGUUUGCUUAUGAUGGAUUUAAUGGAUGGAUGGGUGAGAUCCAAGAGCAACAGCGAAUUGCAGACGAGUCAGCGCGAUUAAUUGACGCCUGGGCUAGCAGAGAUAAAAUGGACUCGAUCGAGGGAGAACAAGUUGCUCUGAGAGAAGGCUUGGAGUAUUUCCACGAGCCUAUCCAAUUUAUCCGAGAUGGCUUGGUCAGCCUGGCGAACAGCUACACAGAGCAUGAAAAAAACGAGAAAGAGCGCCGGAUCCUCAAGUGGCUAACUCGCCUCCCCCUGCACGAGGUUCAUAAACAGAAGCUAGAGGCUCGUCUGCCUGACUCAGGGCACUGGAUAUUCGAGGAAGAGAACUACAAGCAAUGGCGCGUCUCCAGCAAAUCAGCUCUGUUAUGGCUCCAUGGACUCCCGGCCACGGGCAAGAGUACAUUGAUGUCCACGAUCAUUAAUGGCCUCCAGGCCAAACACGCGCAUGCGCCAGGAGGCCCUCUUGCCUACGCCUUCUUCUCGCGCAACGAUUCCGAUCGACGUUGGCAAGACCCCGGGAUUCUAGUGUGCUGCCUAAUUGCACAGCUCGCUCGCCCAGGACACUCGGCCCCAUUGCGUGGAGAAGUAAUUCGCAGCUAUGAGAAGAUGGUGAAUGAAGGGGGCGAUAUCGCAGUCGCAGAAGGAGCACGUCCUACAUGGAACGAUGCAAUCCAGCUUCUCUUUGAACUAAUAGACCAGGGCACUACCACGAUCUGCAUUGAUGCAAUUGAUGAGUGUGCUGAAGAUCUCCGUGGUGAUUUCCUUGAUUUGAUUGAUCGUCUAUUAACUAGAGUAGAUGGGGGGCGAGUCAAAAUCCUCAUCUCUAGUCGUCCGUCGCUAAAGAUUUUGGAUCGAUUCCCCUUAUGGCCAUCCGAUAGCAUUGAUGUGGGCCAAAGCGGUGCAGACCUUCAGGCCUAUGCUCGGUAUAGAGUCGCGGAAUGCGUCAAAAGGAUGAGGCAACGUACUCGCUCUGUUCCGGAUAAUUGGGAGGAAAGGUUAAUACAGCAGCUGGUAGAGGGCUCUCAGGGAAUGUUCCUCUGGGUCAAGCUGCGCGCCAAUAUGCUACUUCUCCAGUCUGACAGUACCAUCUUUGAGGGGGAUUUGGACCAGGGGCCAUCCGGAGAUCUGCCUAGAGCCCUGCUUCAGCUUUUUGAAACCAUCUACAACAGAAUUAUCGCAAGUAGUCCACAAGGAUCAAUAACACGUCAAGCAGUUUUGACUCUGUUACGGUGGCUAUUGUGCGCACAGGCCCCUGUCACAGCAGAGGAUCUCAUCCAGGCCCUCACAGCCUUUAUAGGAAGAGACAGGAUUGGCUCCGAUAUACACGUCGCAAAUAUCACUGUUUCUAUGGUACUUGAGAGCUGUCAAGAUCUGGUGGUAGUUGAUAAAGACAGCAACCAAAUCCGCUUCGUCCACACAUCAGUGGGUGAUUUUCUCAAGCUUAAGGAUGGGAUGCAGUCUGAAGAACAACAUGCAGCAGUGGCCAAUCUAUGUUUAGCCACAGUGCAGAACCUGGCGUUAGAACCACGGGCGGCCUCCUCUUUGCCCCGCAGCAAGUUUCACUACUAUGCAGUGCUGUAUUGGGCCUUGCACGUAGGGCAGGCAGGUCAACAGCAUCAAAUCCAGACCGUACAUGAUGCAUUGGAUGAUCUGUGCCAAGAGCAGCCGUGGUUUAAAUCCUGGCUUCCCGAGAUUCGGCCUGCUUCUUCGCUCAUUCUCUGUUGGGAUGAUCCUCAUAAAGACAAGAUCAUACAGGCUCUUAGCUCGCCAGCCACAUCGUUUUUCACUGCCUGUGCGUUUGGAUUCACCAAAGUUGCUCAUCACUGCAUCCAGUCAAACACAAAUCUAAUCUGCCAGGUGAACGAUAUGGGUGCUACAGGCCUGCACCUCGCCGCUGAAUAUGGCCACAAGGAGAUUGCCGAAGCGCUCUGUGAGGCAGGCGCUGAUGUAAAUUUCCUUGAUACCAACGGCGAGACCCCUCUGGUUCGCGCUGCCGCGGGCGGCUUCAAAGCCCUGGUCUUGAUGUUGCUGGAGAAACGCUCCAAAAUACAAACUCAGGGCCGGCGGUAUGGAACAGCGCUACAUAGCGCUGCUCUCCAUGGCCAUUUAGAUAUAGUUGAGAUUCUUCUCAGUCAUGGAGCGGAUAUCAAAAUAACUAGUGGCCAGUUUGGCACAGCUCUACAUGCAGCCUGCCUUCGCGGCCAUGAGGGAGUAGUCAGGCAGCUUCUCGACGCUAAGGCGGAUAUAAACGCACCAGGCGGGGUAAAAACCGAUGCACCCGAUGAGCCUGCUGAUCGGCCUACAGCGGAGGCCAGUCUAGUCCUUGCUAUCCAUGAUGUACCGAAACGUCAACAUGUUUCUGAGGAUGACGAGGAGAGUUUAUAUGGAAACAUGUUGGAAGAGUUGAAAUUUGAGUUAUUACUGGAUCGAGGUGUGGAUGUUAACAUCUUACCGGGGGGCUUCGGUCCACCAUUGCAUACUGCGGCUCGAGCGGGCCAUGAGGCGGUCGUCAACAUACUGCUAAGCCAUCCUAUGAUAUCCAUAAUUUGUGAAGGUGGCGAAUAUGGCACUGCGCUGCAGGCUGCCGCUAUAGCUGGCCGCACUAGCAUUGUUGAGCGACUUCUUGUUGCUAAAUCCGACCCUAACACGCAAGCUGGGAAGUAUGGUACAGCGCUGACAGCAGCUUGCCGGCAGGGAAAUCUCGCGGUUGCGGAGCUUCUGUUGAAGUCAGGCGCUGCAAUAAACAUUCAAGCGGGCGUCUAUGGCACUGCCCUGCAUGCAGCAUGCCGUAGUGGUAAUGAAAUUCUGGUCCAGCGCUUAUUGGACUCUAAGGCUGAUGCAAAACUGACUGGGGGCGAUUAUUGCACAACCUUACAAGCUGCUGCCCGGGAUGGAUAUGAUCGUAUAGUGCGUAUUUUACUCAAGCAUGGUGCCGAUGUCAAUGUCGAGGGUGGAACCUUUAAGAGUGCGCUCCGGGCCGCCGCGUUGCGCGGCCACCAGAAGGUGGUGGAGAUUCUGUGCAAGGCGGGGGCUAAAUUGGACGGUGCUCUGCAGUUGGCCUGUUUAGGUGGCUACCAGGCAGUGGCUGAAGUUCUCUUGGCCUAUGGAUCAGACCUGAUGGGCCCUGUGAAUGGGGAUACGCCGCUACAAGCUGCUAUAGCGCGACGUCACCACUCCCUCGCGCGAUGGCUACUUGAUAAGGGGGCAAAAGCUACUGAUUCCGAAGGGAGAUGGGGCACAACCCUCCAACUUGCAGCCUUGGCUGGGGAGGUGGAGUUCGUUGGCAUCUUUCUCGGGCAAGGGGCAGAUCCCUGGAAGGAAAACAAUAACCUCGAUGUGAAUGUCGUGGAGGAGCUCGACAUCAAGCUACCAACUGGGAAGUAUUCCACAUAUCCCAUAGUAUUUGCGGCAGCAGGAGGCCACAGUCAGGUUGUCACCCUUUUACUAGAUGCGCGACUACCCAAAGUCCCCAAUGAUCAUGACAACUUCGACAAGUCGGAUCGCCCCAGGUCUUCCAUCAAAUCCGCCGUGCGUGAUGCACUGCUCGUGGCACUGGAGACAAACCAAGAGGCAUUAGUUAGUCUACUGUUGAAUCGUGAUGUACCAGUUGAUCUCGCCACUGUUCAUCACGCAUUUCGCGUUUCAAAUCCCAAUGUGGUAGUCUCCUUGCUAGAAAUGCUGGGCCAACGUACUUCGGAUCAGGAAAGAUACAAGCAAAGCAUAUGGGCAAUUUCCAAGGCGGCUCUCUGCAAAAAGCUGGAGCUCAUGGACCUACUGCUGCCAUGGGUCACCCAAACCACCCAUUUUGACCCCACAGAUCUGGAAAAAGCUCUACAGAAUGCUGUUUGUUGCGAGAAUUUGGAGAUUGUCAACAAACUUCUUCAGUAUGGUGCGAGUCCUACUAGCCAAUCCGACUCCCUCACUCAGUCCAACCCGAGCCCGACACCUACCGAUGAGCACAAAGACAUUUUACUUUCCCUGGUCAAUAUCACUCACGAGAAGAACGAGGAAGCUCUUCGACAGGCCGCACAUAAUGGCGAGGAAGACAUAGUGACCCUCCUGCUAGACAGUGGCGUUGACGUAAAUGCUGAAGGGGGUCCUUAUGGUACCGCGGUGCAGGCCGCAGCCAAAGGGGGCCACGAAACCAUAAUCCAACGGCUCAUCAGUGCCGGGGCCAACCUGCGCUGUCAAGGGGGGCCACCUGCACAUUGGGAGACAGACGAUCUAUCAUUUGAAUGGACAGGAACUUCCAAAAAGGUUAAACAGCGGUACGAGACAAUCACCAAGAGGUUCAACGAGGCUGGCGUAACAGAACCGAGACGAUGGCAAAAUGGUUUAUAUGGCACCGCACUUCAAGCGGCUGCAAUGACUGGAAAUGUUAAAAUUGCGACGAUGUUAGUAGAGGCUGGUUCCGACGUCAAUGAUAUCGAUUCCCUCGGACAAACUCCACUGCACCGCGCGGUGUGCAACGACCAUCUCUCUAUGGUCGAGUUUUUGAUGAGCAUGGGAGGUGAUUUCCAAGCUAUAGAUUGCGAAGGCUAUACUCCCGUGCUUCUCGCGGUACUAAGGAGUCAUCAAGCGAUCUUCGAGAGUAUUUUGGGCUCAGUGACCGAAUCGAGUACCAGCUCUGCGAUUAUGAAGCAGUCACUGCAUUUGGCGUCACAGAAAGGGCGUCAUAGUAUAAUCAAAUACCUGAUUGAUAAUGAGAUCGAUUUAGAGGUGUGCGAUGAAUACGGCCAAACCGCAUUGUUCAUCGCCGCCUCGAAGGGUCAAUGUUUCACGGUACGCCUUCUCAUCGAUAAUGGUAGUGAUAUCAAUCAUCUUGCUCCUCGCCAGCGUACGGCUCUCCAUGAAGCCGCCGAAUCAGGUCAUGACGACGUGGUCCGUCUGCUUCUGAGAUCUGGGGCCAACAUGCUUGCGGUGGACAAAUAUGGCCGGUCAGCAUUGCAUUGUGCCGCGGCGGGGAGCCAUAGCAAAGUGGUGUAUUUGCUCUUGGAUGACGGUGUACCACCGAAUCUACAGGAUUACUCGGGCAAAACAGCACUGCACCUCGCAGUUUCUGAACCAAACCGCGAGAUAGUCACCAUGUUGCUCAACAAGAAUGCCAACAUCAAUGCCAAAGAUAACGAUGGAAAGACACCCAUUGAAAAAUUAAAGCGAUUCACUCAUGAUGGCCUCAGAGACUUGCUCAUUAGUCGUGGAGCAACAGACACCAAAACUCGUGAUGGAUCGGCGUCUGCACCGGGGAACGUCAGCCGCAGAUCUAAGCGUAGUAGCGAACCUUCCUCCAGCGCAGACAUGGACAGCAUGUAUACCUAUGAGUCUGGCAGUGAUUUUUCUUCAAAAGCCUCUGCCGAGAAUGGUCGUUCGUCAAGAGCCUCUGCCGAGAGUGGUCGUUCGUCAAGAGCCUCUGCCGAGAAUGGUCGUUCGUCAAGAGCCUCUGCCGAGAAUGGUCGUUCGUCAAGAGCCUCUGCCGAGAAUGGUCGUUCGUCAAGAGCCUCUGCCGAGAAUGGUCGUUCGUCAAGAGCCUCUGCCGAGAAUGGUCGUUCGUCAAGAGCCUCUGCCGAGAAUGGUCGUUCGUCAAGAGCCUCUGCCGAGAAUGGUCGUUCGUCAAGAGCCUCUGCCGAGAAUGGUCGUUCGUCAAGAGCCUCUGCCGAGAAUGGUCGUUCGUCAAGAGCCUCUGCCGAGAAUGGUCGUUCGUCAAGAGCCUCUGCCGAGAAUGGUCGUUCGUCAAGAGCCUCUGCCGAGAAUGGUCGUUCGUCAAGAGCCUCUGCCGAGAAUGGUCGUUCGUCAAGAGCCUCUGCCGAGAAUGGUCGUUCGUCAAGAGCCUCUGCCGAGAAUGGUCGUUCGUCAAGAGCCUCUGCCGAGAAUGGUCGUUCGUCAAGAGCUUUUGCUAGGCGCGCUAGGCGUGCUAGGGAUAGUAGAAAUGUUAAUCAAGAGGAGGACAAAACAACGGAUGAUGAUGUCGAUGAUGAAUACGAUGCAUAUCAAAGGGCCAAGAUGAUGAUGGAGGUACAGUACAUCACGACCAAGAUGAUUAUGGAAGUACACAUGGCCACAAUCACGAGGAUGAUGGUAAUGAUGCUGUUGAUACUUGUGGUAAUUGCCGUGAUGUGCACCACGCUAAUGAGAUGA